CUGGCUGUUCGAGAAGGAGGCGAAAACCCUGGUGUGUCUGAACGGUCUCGGAGGGGCGCCCCGAGUCCUGGCCACGUGCUAGGACUGUCCAGGAUUCCUGAUGGAGUACUGCAACGGGAAAACCCUCCAAGCCAUGCUUAUGGAGGCGGCCCCCGUCGGUACCCUCCUGCGGGGGAUCCAUGACUUGGCGCUGAGGCUCCGAGAGGUGCACCAGGCGGGAUUCGCCCAUAACGACUUAAAAGUAGACAAUGUGAUCUUGGAGGUGACCACCGACGGCGCCGUCCGGGGUCGCCUGAUCGACCUGGGCCUGAGCACGAGGCUCGGCGAGAGUCCCGGACUCCUAGCGAAUCCCAAGGACUUCCCCCACAUCGCCCCCGAGCUCCUGCGGAUGGGCGCGGCCACCGUCGAGUCCGAUUUGUUCUCUCUCGGCGCCAUCCUUCUUUAAGUCCUGCGGGCGCACGCGCGCUCCUUUCCCGAGGACUCCGAACUGUUCCAGCUGGCUCGAGCCAUGACCUGUCCCGACCCGCGCGCGCGCCCGCGCUUCCACAGGUGCCAGGACGUCCUGGCCGACAGCCUCGGCGUCGCGCGCCAGGAGUGAGGUCCGGCGCCUGUGGGAGGAGGCC